CCUCUCAUGGCGUUUAUUUAAGUCUCCACCCUCCGCUCCGGGAAAUUCUUUUCUGUAUAUAUCGUGGAAUUUUUUGGGUUCUCGAGCUCUCCGCGAUCCCAUCCUCGCCGGCCCCCGCUGCUUCCGGCGAUUCUCCCGGAGCUUUUUUGGCCGACGCAGAGAAGAGAAUUGCGGCGUCUACCCGCACAGAGGAAGUAAUCAGCCCUGUUUAUCAAAGGCAGUUGGUAAGGCAUGGAUAGGCCUUGAGCAUUCUGCGCAAAUCAUGAAGAUAGAAACUGUCAAUGUUGAUUGCAGUACACUUGCCGCCUUCUGACCUUUUCUCCUCUGUUCACACUCUUAAUGUUGAUGAUUUUAGUGUCUGCACGCAGAUGAUGAAAAGACCUUACCACACAUGUUUUUCAUGAGCAUGCAUCCAAUGGCUGUCCUGAAUUAGACUGUCAGACUGAAAGAGAAACUAAGCACAAUUUUUUGGCAGAUAAAAUGGUUGAGCAAACCAAUCAAUCUGAAAAUAGUUUUAUGAAGAGUGAGCGUCAGAAUGGAGGUAAAACUGGACAGACAUGCAUUGAGGAUGUCUCAUAUGACAAGGAUGUAGUAGAGAUCAAACUGCCGGACACUGAUAUUUCUUCUGAUUACGGUGGCCAUUUUUUCAAGGAUGUCUGCAUUGAUGAAGGAGUUCUUGCUGAUCAGAAGACUUCAACAGAAAAUCUAGUAGAUCAAAAGGUGUCCCCAAACUUUGAUUCUUCAAUGGGAGAUACAAACGGUGACCUUAGCGAAGAGAUAAGAGCUGCGUCUACAAAAUCUGCACAUGAACUAAAAUCACAAAUAGUUAUUCUUCCUGUCAUGUGUGCUACUGAGGGUAAUACUGGGGAACAAUUUUCUUCAUGCGAAGUGCAUGAUCUUGAAGAUAACAAUACUGCAGCUGUCGAUUUAAAUGAUGAGAAAUUAAGUCCCAAACAACUACUAUGUCAUGAAGGUGCAAAAGGUUGUCAGCAGGUUGUCACGGUCAUUUCUGAGAGCAGUGAAGAUCAGGAGCCAUUUCUUAAUGGAGAAACAACUCAUCAGGGUUCAUCGAAUGACCGUCAUGAAACUGGAAUUGAUAUUGCAUCCGAGAGCAGUAACAUCAUUCACAUUGAUUUAUCAGUUGAAUCAAAUGUUGAUGACUUCUCAACGGUGAUGCCUGAAGAAGUUGUAGUCAGUGCAGCAUUAGAUAAGGGAGGAUCCAACCAAGUUAAUCACUAUAACCCUUUUAUUGCCUAUGGAUCAUUAGACGAUACAUGGGAACCUAAAUACUCUCUCCCUACAAUUGUGGAUGCCACUUCUAUAGCACCCGUCUGUCCUGUUGAAAAGACAGAUAGUUUUAGUGAUCUUGUCAACCGUGCAGUCGGAGGAUUUGAUUCUUUUGAAAUAGAUGAAGCCAUAAUUGAAGAGAAUAUGCCAGAUUCUGUAGAAGCAAGUGCAAGUAUGUUGGAUGUCCAAGCAUCUGAAGAGAGUAAUGAUCAGAGAGAAAGUCCCACUAAAGAGAUGAGAACUGAUGUGGCACAUGGAAAGGGUACGACCACAUCACUGUCAUCUAACAAUCCAGAACCUAGUGAUGUCAAAAGUGUGAACCAUCCAAAAUGUGAGAUCGAUUGUGCCCAAGAUGUACAUGAUUUUAACCCAAGAGAUGUGGAGGUUGACACAAAAGGAAGCAAGGAUGACACUUGCAGUAAGAGUUCUACUCUUGUGCAAACAGAAUGUGUGGUUCAACAAAAUGGAACUGAUAGCCCAAAAGUGACAGCACAAACUUGUCUUCGCAAUCCUUUUGAAUCAAGCUUCUCUGGGCCUAGUAUUACAUCAGGUCCACUAACGCCCUCUGGUCACAUACCUUAUUCUGGCAACAUUUCUCUUCGAUCAGAAAGUAGCACAACAAGUACUCGGUCCUUUGCAUUUCCAGUAAUACAGAAUGAGUGGAAUAGCAGCCCGGUGAAGAUGGCGAAAGCCGACCGCAGACGUUUGAGGCAUGACCGAGGCUGGGGUUACAGAAUCCUUUGCUGUAAAUUCUGAAUGUGCUUGACCCUGCAAUUUUCCUCUUGAGUUCAGCCCUUCGUGCCACGCUUGAGCCCGUGGUAGUCCAUGUUAAAUUCAUUCAAAUAUUGCUCCUUUCUCCCUCUCCCCCUCCUGCUGUCUCUCUCCCCAUGUCCUGCGGUUUUUAUUUAUCUAUAUCAGGUUAGUGGCUUGCCGCAUCCGGUAGUGGCUUGUAAUUUACACUAUGAGUGAGGAAUGAAGGUAUAGCUUCGAUAUAGCA